CUUUGCUCUUUAGCAUUUUAUGGACGUUGAGUCCUGUUGGUACCAAGAAAAAAUACCAAAGUGAGAACUCUUACGUUAAAGGUUAGAGUGAAACUAAGGCAAAGAUGUCUCCGUUUUUAAAGUCGUUUUUGUCCGGCAGAAGAGUUUUGGGGGCUUAUUUGCGGUAUCAUUCUUCUCUAACUGCUGAACUGAUUGAAAACAUGGAUAAGAAAGCAACCUGGGACCGCUUCUACACCGAGACCAGCAGCGGGAAAGCCACCUUCAAAAACUUUGAGUGGUUUUUUGGUUUCGAUUCUGUCCGAGACUUCAUCAUGCCCCUCUUGCAAACUAUGUCUCGCCCAGACGCUGCGCUCCACGUGGUGGAUAUGGGCUGUGGUACGUCAGCACUGGGACCCUCUAUCUACAGGCACUCUCCUGUCUCCGUCCAUGUCACUUGUGCUGACAUUUCCCCCAUAGCUGUGAAACUAAUGCAGGAACACACUCAAGCUAAAGCCAUUCAACCUCACAGCUGUUCUUCUCAAAUUGAGUUUGUAGAGCUGGACUGCACACAGCUUGAUAAACGCUUCAGUCCCAGUACUGUGGACCUUAUAAUUGACAAGGGGACCACUGAUGCCUUGUUAAGGUCCAGGGAGGGGAAGCGAAAUGCCAGCCUGGUCUUGAAGCAGUGUUUAAGGGUGUUGCGGAGUUCAGGGUCCUUGCUCCAGUUUUCUGAUGAGGACCCUGACUCCAGGCUAAUUUGGCUGGAGACGGCUGCACAGGAUCCGGGAGUGAUGACCGCAGAUGUUGGGGUGCAGGAAGUUGGAGAGCUAAGGGGGAUCCAUUACUACUGCUACCAGGUGACCCCUCACCCUGCUCUAUAACUGUAACUUUUUACUCCAAUAAAUAAAUAAAAUAA